AAAGAAAGGGAAAAAAAAUUGCCGGAAGAUGUCUCCUCCCCUCCCCUUUCCUCCCUUCCCUUCCCUUCCCGAGUUCAUUCCCUGCUUCUCGUCGAAAGGAAAAGGAAAGAAAAUUGCUUUGAUCGGUCUUCUCUCAUGGUGGAUUCCUGUCCACUUUAGCUGAAGAGAUGAGCUUCAUCCGAGGCCUCAUAGACUCGCUCGGCUCAAUCUUCACUGACUCCGGCGACGAUUCCCAACAGCACCAUCCCCGAAACCUUGAUUCUCCAUUCAUGGAAGCCGGCGGCGGCAUCGGCGUCUCCCCAGUCUCGAACGAGAGGGCCGCGUACAAGAUCAAAGGCUACUUCGACUUGGCCAAGGAGGAGAUUGCCAAGGCCGUGCGGGCCGAAGAAUGGGGUCUAGUGGACGAUGCCAUUGUUCAUUACAAGACUGCGCAGCGUAUACUCACCGAAGGGAAUUCGACCCCAGUGCCUUCAUAUAUAAGCUCCAGGGAACACGAGAAGGUGAAGUCAUACCGACAAAAGAUCUCUCAGUGGCAGGAUCAAGUUUCUGACAGACUGCAAGCUUUAAGUCGGAGAGCAGCAGGUGCAACAUCAACAAGCCAGAGUGUGUUAAGUCAUGCAAAAGCCACUGCAGUUUCGUCGCAAACAUCAAACCCUAGGAAAAAUGGAGCAAAAAACUUUCCUCAAUCUGGUAGAAAUGUUCCGAUUGCGGUGACCCAAAGAGAGAGGGUGCCAAGUUCAAAAUCCUUGCAAGAAUCUGGAGGUAGUUAUGAUGCAAAAUUGGUCGAAAUGAUAAACACUGCCAUAGUGGACAGAAGCCCAUCUGUUAAAUGGGAAGAUGUUGCUGGCCUGGAUAAAGCAAAACAAGCUUUGAUGGAAAUGGUUAUUUUGCCGACCAAGAGAAGAGAUUUGUUCACGGGGCUUAGGAGGCCAGCUAGAGGUCUGCUUUUAUUUGGCCCACCUGGUAAUGGGAAAACCAUGCUUGCCAAAGCGGUUGCUUCAGAGUCUGAGGCAACAUUUUUUAAUGUUUCUGCAUCUUCACUUACAUCUAAAUGGGUUGGCGAAGCUGAAAAGCUUGUCAGGACUCUCUUCAUGGUUGCUAUAUCCAGACAGCCUUCUGUAAUAUUUAUUGAUGAAAUUGACAGUAUCAUGUCAACAAGGUUGGCUAAUGAGAAUGAUGCAAGCCGGCGAUUGAAGUCCGAAUUUCUAAUCCAGUUUGAUGGGGUCACUUCUAAUCGGAAUGAUCUAGUAAUUGUAAUUGGUGCCACGAAUAAACCACAAGAACUGGAUGAUGCAGUCCUGAGGAGACUGGUCAAGCGAAUAUAUGUCCCUUUGCCGGAUGAAAGUGUUAGAAGACUGCUUCUUAAAAACAAACUCAAAGGCCAAGCAUUUUCUUUACCAAGUGGCGAUAUCGACAGACUAGCUAGAGAAACAGAAGGAUAUUCUGGAAGUGAUCUGCAAGCCUUGUGUGAAGAAGCUGCUAUGAUGCCCAUAAGAGAGCUUGGCGCAAACAUCCUCAAAGUGACGGCAAAUCAGGUGCGGCCCUUGAGAUAUGAAGACGUUCAAAAGGCAAUGACAGUCAUAAAACCAAGCUUACAGAGAAGAAAGUGGGAGGAGCUCGAGGAGUGGAACCGAGAGUUCGGCUCUAACUGAAAGAUCCCACAAUGAAUAUCCACAGAGCUCUACAUUGACCCAUAUCCAUGUUUAUAACGAGGCAGCAGCGGGCAUUGUUCUGGACACGGACAGUACCUUGAAAUCGUACCAUAAAAUUCUUACUUUCGUUCUUGACUGUAUCAUUCUUUUGAAAAUGUAUCAUUAUGUAUUUAAAAAAGAAAAAAAAUAAUAAAAUACAUCUUUCUCGCUUUCUAUCUGUAAAUGAGACUAUCGAGAUAAUACUAUUUGAUACCCUUUUCCAUAUAUAUAACAAGGACAUGGUGGUCUGGCCAGAUAGCCUUAGAGCACUCGAA